ACUUACUGCACGGCUCUUUAAUUAGGGCACCAUGGACCCAGUGCGACUCUAUGCGCAGUGCCACUGCAAAAAGCAGACGUUCCACGUCGACGUGCCCAAGAGCAGCCUGCCCCUGGUCAAUGAAACAUGCCACUGCGACGACGACCGCCACAUCACUGGACUGCUCGCAGGCGACUUUGCCAUCUUGCCUCCAGAAACGCAAGUCUUUGAUGAAGACAGGAUACCGAACGGACUCUCGCGGUACAUGAAGCCAGGCGGGAGGGUCCGCUGGUACUUUUGCCAGACUUGCGGCGCGCACAUCGUUCAGAGCGCUCCCAAAGAAGACGGCGGAACAAAGUGGCUCAUGUCUCUGGGCACCCUCUACCCGCUGGAGCUCCCCGACGGCACAAAGACGACGCAGCUGCAGCGCCAUUCAUUCGUCAAGUACGGCCGCGACCUGGGCGGUCUCGCGCGCUUCUUGCCCGACGGUGUGCCUAGAUAUGCGGACGGCACAUCAACCGAGGCGAUAACCGACCGAGACGUCGCGACAAAGGAGGAGGAGGAGGCCAUUCGUCAGGCCGCCGAAGCACGAACUCUGCCCCUUCGCUGCCACUGCGGCCAUGUACAGCUGGACGUGCAUCGCCCUUCCUCGUCGCCGGUCCCGGAAGCGUUCAAGGGGGCCGUGGUAGGGGACAGCUGGCUCUGGAACUUCUGCCUCUGCCACUCCUGCCGGACCACUUCGGGCUUUGAUGCAAGCUGUUACUUUUUUGCUCCCUACACGCACAUCACUGGCUCAUCGUCCAGCAGUCACCCCACCGACGGCCUCUCCACAUAUUCGUCCUAUCCUGGGCGUAGGAGACACUUUUGUCCCACUUGCGGUGCUUGUGUCUUCUUCGACCGCGCCGACCGGGGCGAUCUCUGCGAUGUCUUUCUCGGUUUGGUCGAUGUACCGCUCGCCGCCCUGUUCUCGUCCUGGAUUCGACCGGCCAAGAAGAUGUCAUUCUGGGCGUACGCCAAGAACAAGGAGCUGGCUCAAACGCUUGCCAAAGGGUUCUGCCCAGACGAGGACCUCAGCCUCACCCAAGCGACGGCAAAGGCGUCAGCAGACUAUGAUGGCGCGCUCGUCAUCUGAGGGUCAGCGACGAGGAACAGUCACCAGUACACCUGCAUCAUUCAAGAGAUAUGAUAUGUGUGCUGAGCAGAAUUGAUAUAAUUAGAGGU